UGGGUCUCAUUCUCGCCAAGGUUCGCGCGCUGCAGCCAUGGGCGGAUGGCAAGCUGGCCAAGGAGGAGGUGGACGCUCAGGUGCUGGCGGUGCUGGGGCCAAAGACAGAGGCGGACGAGGCAAAACCCGCCAAGAAGAAGAAGGAGAAGAAACCCAAAGGGGACGACGCUCCCUGCUGCUGCUGGUGGUGGUGCUGCUGCUGCUGCUGGAGGGGCAGCAGGGGGUGGUGAUAAAGCAGCAGCGGCAGGGGCAGUAGGGGCGGCAGUGGGGGUGGAUGGCGGGGAGGAGUCGGAUCCGUAUGCUAUCUUCCCCAACCCGCAGGAUAACAACAAGGUGCACACAGAGAUAUUUUUCAGUGACGGCACCACAUGGCGCCCCAAGAACAGCCGCGAGGCACUGGAGAAGCACCUGGCAGUGACGGGGGGUAAGGUGUGGUCGCGCUUUCCGCCCGAGCCCAACGGCUACCUGCACAUCGGGCAUGCCAAGGCCAUGUAUGUUGACUUUGGCCUGGCUAAGGAGAGAGACGGCAACUGCUACCUGCGGUACGAUGACACCAACCCAGAGGCAGAGAAGCAGGAAUACAUUGAUCAUAUUGAGGAGAUCGUGGCGUGGCUGGGGUGGAAACCCUUCAAGAUCACCUACAGCAGCGACUACUUUCAGGAGCUGUACGACUUAGCAGUGCAGCUCAUCAAGUCCGGCCAUGCAUACGUGGACCACCAGACAGCGGAAGAGAUCAAGCACUACCGUGAGAAGCACCUGGAGAGCCCGUGGAGAAACAGGCCAGUGGAGGAGUCACUUAAGCUGUUUGAGGACAUGCGGAGAGGUCUGGUGGAGGAGGGGGCUGCCACGCUGAGGAUGAAGCAGGACAUGAGAAACGAGAACCCCAACAUGUGGGAUUUGAUUGCGUAUCGUAUCAAGUUCACGCCUCACCCUCAUGUGGGCGACAAGUGGUGCAUCUACCCCAGCUACGACUACACGCACUGCAUCAUCGACUCCCUCGAGAACAUCACACACUCUCUGUGCACGUUGGAGUUUGAGACACGAAGGGCGUCCUACUACUGGCUGCUGGAGGCGUUGGGGCUGUACCAUCCGUACGUGUGGGAGUAUGCGCGGCUCAACAUCACCCAUACCAUGCUGUCAAAGCGCAAGCUGAACCGGCUGGUGACGGAUCAUCACGUGAACGGGUGGGACGACCCGCGUCUCAUGACCCUCUCAGGGCUGAGGAGGAGGGGCGCCCACCCCGCUGCCAUCAACGCGUUCUGCCGAGCCGUGGGCAUCACGAGGAACGAGAAUGUGAUCCGAGUGGAGCUGCUAGAGCACUUCAUGCGCGACCAUCUGAACCGCACUGCACCGCGCUCGCUCGUGGUGCUGAAGCCACUGAAGGUGGUGAUAACAAACGUGGGGGAGGAGGAGGUGGAGAUGGUUGAAGGCAAGCGAUGGCCCGAUGCUAAGGAGGGCGACCCAGAGGCAACAUACAAGCUGCCCUUCUCCCGAAUGGUGUACAUUGAGCAGUCAGACUUCCGAGUGAAGGACAGCAAAGACUACUAUGGGCUUGCGCCCAACAAAUCUGUCAUGCUCAGGUACGCGUACCCUAUAAAGUGUACCGAGGUGAUCUAUGAAGAGGAUGGCACGACAGUCAAGGAGCUGAGGGCCGAGUGUGACCGCGCCAAGAGCACCAAGCCCAAGGGUGUGAUUCAUUGGGUGGCAGAGCCCAAGCCCGGCCAGGCCCCCCUUACAGUCACAAUCCGCCUAAUCAACAAGCUCUUCCUCUCCGAGAACCCCAACGAGCUGGAGGACUGGCUGGGGGACCUGAACCCGCAGUCAAUGGAGGAGAUAGAAGGAGCGCUGGCAGAGCCGUCCCUUGCUGGGAAGCCUGCCGGCAGCACCUUCCAGUUCGAGAGGCUCGGAUAUUUCUGCGUCGACACUGAUUCCACAGACGCUCGCAUGGUCUUCAAUCGCACUGUUACACUGAAGGAGUCGUACCCUAAGUUUGGGGCAAAAUAA